GAGAGAGAUGCGUUCUAGCGGGAUCAGCGUAAUUGUUGUCGUUCGCCACCUGGCGUGGCUGGUGCUAAUUUUGUGCUCAUGGCCGCGGGUUGCAGCUGCUCAGGCUCAACAAGCACCAAAAACUGAUCCAGUCGAAGCGGCCGCCCUGAACACGAUCCUAGGGAGAUGGGGCAAGAAGGCAUCGUGGGAGUGGAACAUUAGCGGCGAGCUCUGCAGCGGUUUCGCCUCUACUGAAAUCGACUGGGAUUACUACCCCACCAUCAACCCGUUCAUCAAAUGCGAUUGCAGUUUCAGCAACAACACCCUCUGCCAUAUUACCAAACUGAGGGUAUAUAAAUUGGGAGUAGUUGGUCAAAUACCUGCAGAGCUACAGAAUCUCACCCACCUAGAGUAUUUGAACUUUAAUUAUAAUUACUUGACUGGUGCCAUUCCAUCAUUCAUUGGAAAAUUCAGUUCAAUGAAAUAUUUGGCAUUAGCUUCAAAUUCACUGUCCGGACAACUUCCAAAGGAACUUGGGAACCUCACCAAUCUUCUCUCGUUGGGCAUUAACUUAAAUAAUUUUACCGGUGUACUUCCUGAAGAGCUGGGCAACAUGACCAAACUUCAGCAAUUGUAUGUUGCUAGUUCUGGAUUCAGCGGUCGGUUUCCUUCGACGUUUUCAAAGCUUCGCAACCUGAAGUUAUUGAGAGCAUCAGACAAUGGAUUCAUAGGGAAGAUACCUCAUUAUUUUGGCAGCAUGACUAAUUUAGAAGAUAUUGGUUUCGAAGGAAACUCAUUUGAAGGACCAAUUCCAGAAAAUCUGUCUAAUCUGACCAGAUUAGAAAACUUACGGAUUGGAGAUAUAGUAAGUGGGGCCUCUUCAUUGGCAUUUAUCAGUAAUCUGACAUCUCUGUACCAACUGAUAUUAAGAAACUGUAAGAUAUCGGGUGAUCUCAGAGCAUUAGAUUUUUCCAAGUUUCGAACACUAAUAUCGCUGGACCUAAGUUUUAACAAUAUCACAGCCCAACUUCCUUAAUCCAUCCUACAUUUGUCGUGAAUUCCUGUUUAUUGGGACAAUUUAUGUAAGGAUGCAUGAUAGUAAAAGCUCUUCACAUAGAGCAAUGUAUGUCAAAAAUAAUAAUCAGCGGAGCAGUAUAGCACAAAUAUUUUGAUAAUAGAAUGAUGUAUCAGUAUCUAUAUAUGAUACAGUUCUGCAAUGCUUAGGAGAUUAUUUUUGUACAAUUCUGCAGUACUGGAAUCUUCCCUUCCUCGGCUACCUAGAAUAAUUUGCAGUUCUAAGUAUAAAAUUACCAUAUUUGUGUUUGAGAGGAAAAUUUAGAUCAUUGAAUAUUUAUUUUGUGAAAUGAUUUUGGUAACAAACAGCUUUUACUUGUUAGUAUUACACCCAAGUUGGUAUCCACGUACCUAGAAUACUACCGUGCCAAUUAUGAUAGUCUGCGAAGUCUGAAAUUUAUUAAAAUUUUCGAUAAAAUUCACUCGCAGCUCUCUGGUUUGACUUGUGAGCAUUGGUGA